AUGAGCGAGAUUGAGCUGGUCCCCGCUAUACCUGUUGGCUACCCCGUCCCCCUCAUCCUCCUCUCCUACUGCCCGCCCAUCGUUAGCCCCUCCCCGUUCGGCCCUCGCAAACGGCUCUCACACCCCUCGAACCGGUCUGACUUCCCGCCGACGGAUCGCAACGGUCCCCCCACCAGAGCGGUGACCCUCGACUCCCCCCACGACCGCGAUCAGCGACCGCCCCGACCAGGGGACGACCGCCCCCAUGCCCGGAGCGAGGACCUCAACCACUCGUCGUCUUGGAACGGGCACGAUCCCCAGUCCAUGAACCGCGCCAUGUCGCAGUCGCCCGCCCCUCCUUUCCGCGGCGGGAGCCGUCCAGGGACCCCGGGCAACUCCCAACCGCACCCGCCCUCCUCCUCUGAUCAUGGCGAGCCCAGCCGCCCUCGCAGCCGGAGCGCAAACUCGGACUCUUCGGUGGCCUCGGAUCCACCCACGCCCGGAGGGAGCCAGAGGGGAGCGUCGACGACAACGCACACAAGCUCGAGCGUUGCCUCAACGCCAUGCGCGGCGUGCGGCAAGGCAAUGCAGGGAGCUUUCGUGCGGGCAUUGGGUGCUGUAUACCAUCUCCAGUGUUUCAAGUGUAUGGAUUGUGGUACCGUCGUUGCGUCCAAGUUUUUCCCUAUCGACGGCCAAGACGGAAAGCAGCACCCCCUUUGCGAGCGGGACUACUUCCGGCGCUUGAAUCUGAUCUGCGCGAAAUGUGGAAUGGCGUUGCGCGGGAGUUAUAUCACGGCAUGCAACAAGAAGUUCCACGUUGAGCACUUCACUUGCUCCAUCUGCCCCACACUGUUUGGUCCGCAAGACUCCUAUUACGAGCAUGAGGGCGACGUGUACUGCCAUUUCCAUUACUCAACGCGAUACGCGACGAAGUGUGCCGGUUGCAACAGCGCUAUCCUGAAGCAGUUCGUGGAGAUCAAUCGUAAUAUGCGGGAUGAAUGUUGGCAUCCGGAAUGCUACAUGAUCAACAAGUUCUGGAAUGUCAAAGUCUCCUCACGUCGACCGAACAGCUUGCCACCACCAGGAGAGGAUGGAGAGCCAGUCGAACAACUGGAGCCUACCUAUGUAGAGGAGGAACGCCAGGAGAACGCUCAAUCCUUGAGGGAGAAGCAGAUUCGGAUGGAGCAGCAGGUAUAUCGGAUAUGGACUGUCCUUUCUGCCUUCGAAGAAUCCAGUGCAGCGUGCAUAUCCGAUAUGCUACGACAAGUCAGCAACGGGCAGUAUCUUGAGGCCAUUCGGAUGGCCGAAAAGUUCAUCCUGCAUGUCGAGGUCCUAUUUGCGACUAUCGACGACUUGGAGUUCCAUUUCGCUAGGAUGAGGCUUAAAGGAAUGUCCCACGUGCGGGAAGCGAGGAUGCUUUGCCGAAAGACAGUCGAUCUUUUUACUCUCUUGUCCCAUACGCAGGAGACCGGUGCACGGCGCAUGGGCAUGACACAAGAGCUUCUCGCUCUCGUCACGGGUUUGGCGCAUUACCUCAAGAUCCUCAUUCGUAUCGCAUUGACCGGUGCGCUGAAGCUCGAGCGGGAGCAGGAGGUCCACGAUGCCAUCACAAACUUCCUAGACAAGCUUCACAUGCUCGCCAUCCAGGGCAGUAACGCUUCUGCUCGUCGAAUCAUGAAGCGCGCAAAUGGCGAUCUCAUCACGCCCAACGAGAAUGGCAACGUCGGCACCCAAGGCGUCAUGUACGGUUUCAAGAGUCUCGCCCCCGAGAAUGCUGGCGAGAGCCCCUUCAGUGCGUCACCAAAGGAUCCUGCUCUUUCGAAGGUCCCCGUCGUCAACCCCCCAUCCGACCUUUGCGUUAAGUGCAACCAGACGGUAGAAGAGGACUGUGUGCGGUUGGGUACCUACCAGAGAUGGCAUUCGCACUGUCUUGCUUGUCAGACGUGUGGCAAGCCCGCGGCGAUGCCGGCCAUUAAGGAGCCCAAGCAGGAGGAACCCAGAGAUCCGCAGGACAAGGAUUCGAAGCCAAAACUCUCGACCGCUCGACGGCCUCCGGCGAAUGUCAACGCGUUUGUAUACGAGGCUGACACGAUGAAGGAGACUUCAUCGUUCGGCACCGUACCAACCGUUGUCUUCUGCACGGAUCACGCACACCAGGGAUGCCGCGGUGGCUUCCAGGCUGUCUCGCGCUUGGAGCAGUAUGCCUUCCUCCUGAACGUAGCUCUCCGACGGUUGUAUGUGCUGCUUAAGAAGCGCGGUGUGGUGCCCCUCUCACCUGAUCUCGACCGGGAUCCGUACAGGAACUCCGGCGAUAUCAAUCGUCUUCGUUCUGUCCACUUGGACCGCCAGCUGUCGUCGGCCGCUAGAGUACCAAAGCGAUCCACAAUCGUCGAGAGUCCGACAGGCAAGAUUGCACAUUCAUCAGAUGCUGCACCCUCGCACCGUACCCCACACGAGGUCGUUCCGAGCACUCGUCAGCCUGUCCCUCAAGCCGCACAACAAGGUAUGGCCAAGCCGGCGAAGGGGCCGGGCCAGAUUCAAACCCAGCAGCCUGUGCAGCAACGAUCCUUGCCUUCUCCAGGGGCUAUCGACACGAAUGUCCAGUCACAGGUUAUCCGGCCGGCGUUUGCUCGAGGAAAUACGGCCGUCAAGAUCGUCGAGGAGUACGGCCCGAACUCGCCUGCAGGGAUGGGACCGGAAGACGAUAUGGUUGGCGGUAUCGAGGACGGAAUCACUCUCGCGGACAUCCCCCAGCUCGUUGAGGCCGCUCAAGCACGUGAGCAGCGACGGUCGCUGCCGAGUCAGAACUCGAUCCCAUACAUCGCAGAGCUCAACCCGGUUCAGCUUGCUGUGCUCAAGCACUGUGCGGUUUUGGUGCUGCAGCGGUCCCCGUUGCGAGACCAGUUUGACCUGGACGAGAUUCUGGAGCUCAUCGAGGUCAAGAAGAGCUCUUUCUGGAAACAGCUCUUCAAACCUGGUAACGACAAGAAGAACGUGAAGAAGAAGGGUGUUUUUGGCGUCCCCCUGGAACUUCUGGUAGAACGCGAGGGCUCUGACUCGCUUCUCGGCGCUUCUCGCGCAACUCUUCGCAUUCCAAGUUUCGUCGAUGAUGUCAUUUCGGCUAUGCGACAGAUGGAUAUGUCUGUUGAGGGUAUCUUCCGGAAGAACGGAAACAUCGGUCGAUUAAGGAAGCUCACUGACGCGAUUGACCGCGAUGCUUCUUCCGUCGACCUUACACAAGACAAUCCCUUGCAGCUGGCCGCGCUGCUGAAGAAGUUCUUCCGAGAACUUCCUGACCCGCUGAUGACCUAUAAGCUUCACCGGCUGUUUAUUGCCAGUCAAUCACUUUCCAACGACACGGAUCGACUACGGAUGUUGCACAUGGUGUCGAUCAUCCUGCCGAAGUCUCACCGGGAUACGAUUGAAGUACUCUUCGUCUUCCUCAAAUGGGUUGCGUCGUUUGCGCAUCUAGACGAGGAGACUGGUAGCAAGAUGGACCUCCCGAACCUUGCUACUGUCAUUUGCCCGAGCAUUCUGUACUCGCGUGGCCAGAACGCGAUGAGGGACGAGAGUUUCGGCGCAAUCAGGGUGGUCACAAUGUUCUUGGAGCAUCAAGACGAGCUCUACUGCGUUCCCGAGGAGUUCCUUCCCGCCAUUCAGGACGAAGAGUACUUUUCGACCUGUAUGGAGCUCCCUAGUCGGGAGUUCCUGAAGCGCGUCGACAACUACAUGCGCGUUAAGACGGGGGGCAGAACCCCAGGCCUCACUUCGCCGGUCGUAGGCAACACGCCGUUCAACUUCAACCCCGGAACGCCUGUUGGUAAUGAGGCUCGCAUUAUGCCUCCGAGGUCGACGCAGUCGAAUCCGCAGUUCCUUGACCGGCCACCGUUGGCAGCCCUGUCACCGUCAGACGGACUUCUCAGGAACGGCCUCCCACAAGCCGGACGCCCUCAGGGUAGUCAACUGCAGCAUCAGCCGUUCUCGUACCCGGGAACACCUCAGUCGUCGUCUCAGCCUGCACUUGGGGCAAUCCUGUCCCCACAGCCGAGGAUGCCUGCAACAUGCAGAACAUGGCCAGCCCGAACGGCGAGUGGGGUCUGGAUCGUCCUCCGGUGCUACAGGAUCCUUCCUCCCGCUCGCGGUCGAACUCGGCGUCGCGUACGAGUAGUGAGAGCCCUCGGCCGUUCGCCAACGGCCAGCAGCACCUUCCCCCCCUCGGCAACGCAUCCACCGCCGCCCCUUCCUCCCCCACAGGACCCCUCCCCUCUCGGCGAGCAGAUUCAUCAACAGCCUUCUCCUCCCAUGCCCUCGAGAGCUCUCCACGAAGGAGCGCAGGAGAUAAUGGCGUUCUUCGCCGACAAGAUCGCGGGCAUGGUGGCUGCAUAUAACGCGAGGAUCCACGAUCUCACGUUGGAGCGCGACGCUGCCUUGGCCCAGCACGCUGCUACCCAGAGUAGACUCGAGGUGGCGCGGGCCCAGAUGGAGAACACUCUGCGGGAUGCGAGCGAGCUCAUGUCGCUGCGGGAACUGCAACUACAGUGGUCCAGGGAUUACAAUCAGCUCAUGCUCGAGAGGGCACAACUGGAACAAGAUAAGGGUGCUCUCCAGGAGCAGCUCAACCAGCAAAAGGCAAGGCUGCAGGAAAUGCAGGGUCAGAUCGAUACCCUACAGGCCACCCAACAACAUCCGCCACCCAUGUAUCCAUUUCAGGGAGUCGACGUGAGUCCUCCUUGA